CCCAACGCGCGCGGGGGCGGGAACACACACACACAGAAAAUCGGAGGAGGAACAAAGAAAACAAAGUGAAAAGAUGAGCGCAAGUAGUUUGGUUGCAGAGGCAGUGUGGAAAGCCAUUGAAGAUACUCGAUCAGAAAUUAAUGGAAGUGUUGCAGUGACCGAAGAUCAACUCUCCAUAUUGCAUUUCUUGUUCGGGAAAAACCUCGAGAGAGCGACCAGGAUAGUGGAUCAAAGAGGUGUUAAGAGAAUCUCUGGUGAGCCGAGUGGCCGCUCAAUCUUCCAGGUGAUUAAAUUGUUGAAAAAUAUUGACAAGGUCGUGGGAGAAUCACGGAGGAAGGAGGAAUAUCCGUGCUUUGCUGAGAACUAUUGUGGAUGUUAUUCAUUCUUUUACGACGUCGUAAAUAAAGGAGAACAGCUUUGUUGCAAGCAUCAAUUAGCUGCGAGAUUUGCUGCAUCACUGGGAGUGUGCAUUGAAGUCAAGGUGUCUGAUGAGCAGCUAGCAUUGUUGCUUUCACAGCUCUAAAGAGGUUUGAGUAAAGAAAAUAAAGAAUAACUAUUAGGUGAAAUCAGAGAGGUGUGAAGUCUGGCAUAGCAACCAUGUCUGAUCAUCUCAUUCAGCAGGUGACAACAAUCUCGAACUUGUUCACAUGUGCUUGUUGUUAAGUUUCAUAGAAGUGGUGCAGGAUGAGGGGCUUGGCAGCAGUUAAAGACACUGCAUGUUGCCUAUGCAUAGAUGCUGAGUCUUGCAUUUGACGAUAAAUGCUUUGAGUUCUCAUGUUAUUCCUGCAUUGCUAUAUUCUUAUGCAUCCCUUCCGUGUUUUCGUCAUCAUUAUUGAUUGUUCAACUGUGGAGUAAAAGUAUAAAGUGCCUUGUCCCAACUCUUCAACUAGAUUUUGAAAGCAA